CCUGAUCCCAAUACUCACUCGAUGGCCGCCACGUGUCCCUCCUUUUCCCACCCCUCCCUAUUUCUACUCUCACAGUCUCACUCAACCCCAACAACCAAAGCUGUGAAACUCUCUCUUUUCAUUCCUCUACAUUGUGAAAUCUUAUUAUCAUCUUUUCCAAUGGCAGCAACUGUUAUGAAGUACGUGAUCGUAAUGUCAAUUGCAGUCGCAAUGGCGGGGGUGACAGUGGAAUCAAAGGGCUCUUCGCCCGCACCGGUGGACUGCACGAGCGUAGUGCUGAGCAUGUCGGAUUGUCUUUCCUACGUAACGAAUGGAAGUACAGUGAAUAAACCUGAGGGGAACUGUUGUUCAGGGUUGAAAUCAGUACUUAAAACAAAUGCAGAAUGUCUUUGUGAAGGGUUUAAGAGUAGUGCUCAAUUCGGUGUCGUUUUGAAUGUUACUAAAGCUGUUGGUCUUCCUGAUGCUUGCCAUGUUCAUGCUCCUUCUGCUGCCAAAUGUGGCUUGGAUAUAUCUCCAACUGGCGCUCCUUCUCCAGCUGGUGUGGUUACUCCGGCGGGUGCUCCAUCGGGCGCUUCAAUCGCUCCGGCAGCAGCAAUGGGUCCAGGAGGCAACAUAGUAUCACCUGCAAUGUCACCAAGCAGCCUAAAUGGUGCAUCCUCUGCUACAGGCAUCUCAGCAAAAUUGAGUGUUGUUGGUUUAGCAGCAUUAGGAGCAUUUUUAUCAAGUUUUUAAGGGGUUUAAAGAAGAGAAUAAUUUUGCAUAGUAGUAGUAGCAUAUUUGGAGGGUACUUUGGUUAAAGAUUAUUAUUCUGUUUUACAUUUGUUGACCCACAUUUUUAUUUUUAUUUUUAAUUUGGUUUUGUGGUGGUGAGGAAUUGGAAUUGAUUGUGGAGGAGACGUUUAUAUAUUCUUAUUGUUAGAUUUCGGGGAAACUCCUCCAUUUGGAAUAUGUAUCAUUGAUCAAUAUAUAUAGAGUUUUACAAAUAUCGUAAA